GGAGGGGAUGCUGCUGCUGCUGCUGCUGCUGCUGCUACUGCUUGGCUCCUGUCUAUCACUGAGCCCGGGAGAAGGGAGAAGAGAUCGCUGGGGGCAUCUAUGGACCCUGUGCUGACCAUGAAGCCUGCGUCGGUGACAAGUGGUACCCUGCUUCUACUGUCAGUGAUUUUGCUAAGCUGGGCCGAUGACGAGUCCAUUUACCGGAUGGCCAAACGGCCGAGCCUUCGUCUACUCGGCAGACUAAAUCCUGCUGAGAAGAGUUCUGUGUAUACCAUCCUGUCCAAGGUGCACUCCGACCGCAACGUCUAUCCUUCCUCCGGCGUUCUGUUCGUCCACGUUCUGGAGAGAGAAUACUACAAAGGGGAAUUCCCCCCCUACCCAAAACCAGGAGAGCUAAGCAAUGAUCCAAUCACCUUUAACACAAACUUAAUGGGCUAUCCUGACCGACCGGGUUGGCUGCGCUACAUUCAGCGGACCCCUUUCAGUGAUGGCGUACUGUAUGGAUCUCCAACCUUUGAGAGUGUGGGAAAACCAACCAUUAUUGAGAUAACUGCUUAUAACAGAAGGUCAUUUGAGACGGCCAGACAUAAUUUGGUCAUCAACAUCAUGUCCGCAGAGGAUUUCCCCCUCCCAUACCAAGCUGAGUUCUUUAUUAGAAACAUGAAUGUGGAGGAGAUGUUGGCCAGCGAGGUUCUGGGGGAUUUCCUGGGAGCGGUGAAAAAUGUUUGGCAGCCGGAUCGCCUGAACGCAAUAAACAUCACCUCUGCGCUGGACAGGGGGGGCCGAGUGCCUCUACCCAUCAAUGACAUGAAAGAGGGGGUCUACGUCAUGGUGGGAGCAGAUGUCCCGUUCUCUUCAUGUCUUCGGGAGGUGGUGGAGAACCCCCAGAACCAGCUGAGGUGCAGCCAAGAGAUGGAGCCAGUCAUCAGUUGUGAUAAAAAGUUCCGAGCUCAGUUCCUCAUAGACUGGUGCAAGAUUUCACUGGUGGACAAAACAAAACAAGUGGUUAUCUCUCAGGAAGUUGUGCGCGGAGAAGGGAUCCUGCCGGAUGUCGGGGAAUAUAAACCGCCAUCAGAGUCCUUGAAAGCCCGAGAUUUCUAUGCUGACUUCCUCAUCACCCUGGCUGUGCCUUCUGCCGUGGCACUGGUGAUGUUUGCCAUACUCGGGUACAUCAUGUGCUGCCGGAGAGAAGGAAUGGAAAAGAGAAACAUGCAAACACCAGAUAUUCAGCUUGUUCACCACAGCGCUAUCCAGAAAUCAUCCAAAGAACUUCGUGACAUGUCCAAGCACAGGGAGAUUGCCUGGCCUUUGUCCACGCUUCCAGUUUUCCACCCGGUGACUGGCGAAAUGGUGCCGCCACUUCACACAGACACCUACGAUAAUACCAACAUGCCACUAAUGCAAACACAGCAGACAAUACCACAUCAGACAGCAAUACCUCAGCAACACAAUCCAGGAGAAUUCCGCAUGGCAACAUUUCAGAGGUUCGAAGUCAAUGGUAUACCUGAAGAGAGGAAACUAACAGAAGCCAUGAAUUUAUAACAAACGUGUGAAGAAAAGAACCUUUCUAUAAACAAACGCCAACUUUUCUAACCAAGAAAAUGACCCACCUGCAUGGCUCAUGGGACAGUUUCAUCCAUCUUGUUUUUUUUUAUAAAUUGUACCAGUUUUUUUUUAAUGAACUUUAUUAAAAUGACAACAAAGAACAGUCAAUGAACACAAGAUGGCAGUACAAGCAGCAAUGGUGAUGGGCAACUAGUCAAUCAAAUGUCAUUCUUCAUCCAAAAGGGCAUAAGAUGGUAGCUGGCCGGUUGCGGCGUGCAAUUUGUUCAUUGCUACCCUGCUAAAUGAGCCGACUGUUAAAGCUAAUUUAAUUCCAGCAUUUACCACAACUCAUUCGCAAGGAUCAACGUUUUGUACAUAGGAGUGAGAAUUCACCAGAUCUGGCUUUGCCACCCCAUUCUGCACUGUAAACAUGUAUUUGUGUUUAACUGCAAUAAAAAGUAUAACUUUUAUAGAACAAA